AUGGCUGAGCUUCGUGAAGAAUUGGACGCAUAUUAUACGUCAUACGGAGAGGAGUACUACAACGUGUCCUUUACAGAUGAUCUGCAAAAAAGACUGGGCCCUAAAAGGCAAGAGUUGAGCAAAGUUGUACCAAUCACCGUGGCGUACUGUUUUAUAUUCAUUGCCGGGAUAGGAGGAAACAUCGCAACAUGCGCAGUAAUAAUCCGGAACAAAUACAUGCACACGGCAACAAACUAUUAUCUGUUUAACCUGGCGGUUGCAGAUUUGCUUGUGUUAAUCCUCGGGUUGCCAAUUGAACUGUACUCAUUUUGGUCGGCGUACCCAUGGGUGUUCGGGGAAGCCUUUUGCGUCCUUCGCAACAUGGCUGCCGAAACAUCAACAAAUGCUGCCAUCUUGACUAUAACCGCUUUCACCAUUGAGAGGUACGUCGCAAUUUGUCAUCCAAUGCGCGCACAGCGCAUGUCCAGUCUCUCCAGAGCUAUUCGAGUAAUCGUCAUUGUUUGGCUCGUGGCGGCGAUCUGCUCUUUUCCACAAGCCGUGCAAUUUGGACUGAUUUACGUCACUGAUAGGUCCGGUAAACCCAUCGAAGAAUCCGUUACCUGCAACCUUAUACCAGGCCAUAGAAUCAAACACACUUUUGAGCUGGCGACAUUUUUGUUUUUCUUCGCGCCGAUGGCUAUUAUAACUGGAAUGUACGCUCUGAUGGCCAUGGCCAUCCGUCGAUCAACGCUGUCACGGAGUGGUUCUUCAUCGUCCGAAGGUGGCGAAUCCCACGAGUCUACGGUGUGGAACAGGAAACCACGGCGAGCCAGGAGGGCAGUGGUCAAGAUGUUAGUUGCUGUGGUGGUGGCAUUUUUCGUGUGCUGGGCGCCAUUUCACGCUCAGCGGCUCAUGGUUUUGUACGUGCAAAGGUGGACUAAACAGCUUUUAGACAUUCAAAUGAUUCUGUUCUACAUUUCCGGAGUUCUAUACUACAUCAGUUCAACUAUCAAUCCGAUUUUGUACAACAUCAUGUCGCUCAAGUUUCGAAAGGCUUUCCGAGACACUUUAUUGUGGCGAUCUUGCCAGGAGCGGCGGCGACCACAACUGACUUAUUCCUACAAGUUUAGCCGUCGAAUACUUCACUCUGACACAAAGUCUGAAGUGUGUGACCAAGGGUCUCCAUUGCCAAUUCGACAAUCGUCUGGAACUUUCCCAGUACUGAAAAACUCUGUUAUUGUGAGCAGAGGCUUGCAGAGAUCAACCCCUGCUUCGGUCCGCGUUAUAGAUGAAUCCAAACCAAACGGAAAGCUGUACGACUUUAUCAGGUCGAAGUCUCAUCCGGUUAGUUUGCGGUCAGAUGCUUCAGAACAGUUUGCCAUUCGCUUUGCCUAUCGAGGCACUUGA